CCUGCGUUCGCCAGCCGGGCAUGCGGAGCGCGAAAGCGGAGCGGCGAAAGCGCGUGCCGCGGAAUUCCGGCUUCAAUUGUCGUCCCGUGAUCGUCGUUGUUAUCGAGUCGCCGUUACCGCCACUCGGAACGGCAGCGGAUAUUACCGUCAUCGGAUCACCGUCGGCAAUCUCCGUCGGCCUGAUGUGACGAGCAUUCCGCUCCGAAAUCCGGCGCGCGACGUUCGUCGAUAGGCACUGCUCUCGGCACUCGUGUGCGCACGCACGCACGUUUGCACGUACGCACGGUAUGCAUGCACGCACUCGUGCUUCGUGCUCGCUCGCCCGUACGUUCGCUCGUUCGUCCGAUGCUUCCGCUCGCGGCCGAGAAUGACAUAUCGCGACGCGUGGCCGACGCGCGACGACCACGCACGCACCGGGAGCAGCGUCGUCAGGCAGAAGCAGCGUGACUGUGACGGCUGAGCAAGCCUGACUCUCACGGGAGGAAGAGAUUAAGGGAGAAGCGGAUCGAGAGAUCGCCGAACCGACCGGAUCGACCAGCUGGCCACGGCGUGGCACGACGCGCCGCCGGACAAUGGCAAUCUCGAGCUGGAUGUUCUGGGGUAGGAGCCUACGCACCGGCCGAUCUCACCGAAGCCGCCAAGACACCGAGGACAAUUGCGUGCAGCUCGAUCUGUCAAGAGGAUUAAAGGAGAAUGUCAAGGAGAUCUUAACUAACCUUUGCCAGCGUCACAAUGUUCCAAGCGUAAAGAAGCUAGCGUAUCUUAAUGCUAUUGUUAAGUUGAUUAGCGAAAACGAUUCCCAGGAUUAUGGAUACUCUGCAGAAGAUUUGUUCUGCUGCUUGCGCGUGGUGUUGGUCCACGAGGCGACCCAGGUGCGCGCCGCUGCGUUGCGAGCGGUGCGCUACAUGCUCAAGAAGGAGCAGGACGUCAUCGCGAUCAACAAGCUCCAGUACCCGUAUUUCCUGGCGCGUAGCAUGGACGUUAAUCUGCGAAACGAGAUGGAGAGGAUGCAGGCUCUUCGACUCGUUAGGAGGAUCCUAGUAUUAGCUCCCAAGCAUUUCAGUCCCGCUCUAGCGAGAUCGCUGGUCAGCCUGACGAAUGGCGGGAUCGAGGAGAGGGAUCGUGCAUUUAGAACAUUUUUAGCAACCUUGUGCGAAUUAGGUGUUCUGAACUCGAACCUGCUGAUAAGCUGCGGUGGCGUCGGCGCGCUGUCCAGGGCCGCGAUGACUGGACAGAGUGCCACCACGGUCGAAUCCAUUGUGGGAGUACUCCUGCGACUGCUGAACAACCCGGAUACUCGUAACAGUGUCUCCCUACUGUGCUUUGCCGCACCCUACUGCGAACUUCACUCCUUGAGCAUGGAGAGGACCAAGGAGGAGCGCGAGCGGAGGUUCGCCGCGAGCAAGCUGGCCCUACUGAGUAUCCUGCGCUCGUAUCCGGGUAUCCUACACUUCUGCCGGCCGGACAAUAACUCGGGUCUCAAGGCUAUCGCGGAUAUCUUGUACGUGGAGCAGCUGGAAGUGCGCGGAGCCGUGCUGGAAUUGCUGUACGAGCUGCUGGACCUGCCGUUGCCCACGUGGACCGAUGAGCCAGACGUCGCCCUGGCCGCGGUGGAUCCUAGCAGGUCGAGGGACUCGUGGAAGCUGUCCGAGGGCUUCGUUGCCGCCGAGGGGAAAUUUAUACUGCCAUCCUUGUCGUCGCAUUGCCCGAACAUCACGGAAAUACACUCGGCGCUGCUGGUCUACGUUCUCUUGGAGUGCGGCCUGCAUCGCGCCCUCGCAGAGACUAUUGUCUCCAGCGACACGUUUAUCUCCGUACGCGCGGCAGUAUUGCUGGGCGCGUUGCUGCACCUCGCGCACUCGCUCUUACCGUCCGAGCUCUGCGACCUCACGCCGCCCUUGCCGAACCUACUGGAGCAUGCGAGUACCGGCAAGCACCAGGCACUGGCAGCCGUCACCAUACUCGAGCGAAUGCACACUAUGAUGCGACGGCGGCCGACCCCGGCGAGUCUCUUCCUCGAUCGAAUUCUUCAGGCAGGUACCUGGUUACGUCCGACCGUCCCGCGUCGCCAACGACCAUCCGGCAGACACUGGCUACGGAUCGGCAGGGAGUCGCCGAUCUCGCCGUUGCUGAAAGACGCGCAAGUGCUGAGCUCGAAGGACGCGCUCGCCUGGAACUGGCCGGUGGUACGCGCGAUCUUGCGAUCGCGCGAGGACACGACGCGGAUCCUGCACGACUCCGAUCACCGUUUGUUCAUGAAACGCCUGGUGCGCUACUUCAAACCGUCGUGGAACGGUUACAGCAGAGUCGAGCUGGGCACGAACGCGACGUUGGCGCGCGAGGCGACUCUCGCCGGGUGCGAUCUACUCAAUUGCUUGUUGGAGUUACACGAACCAGAGGGUGCGCGACUGCUGAACGAGCUGAUCGGCGACAUUGCCGAGCAGAUUGGCAACAUCUUCACCGCCGAGACCGCGCACGAUUGUUUGUUCUCGCCGCGUCACAUGUCCACUACGUGCUGCCAAAAGUACUUUCUGUUUUUGGGCCAGCUCAGUCACUCGGCUAAGGGUACGGUGAUCCUCAAGAGCUUCAAUUUACUGGAAAAACUGCAGGAUCUCGCGUUAGCCACCAACCACGACUGCUACGUUAAGCUGAUCGUCUCUAGCUUGGAUUAUACGCGAGAGGGUCCCAACAGGAAGAUGCUGAACAAGAUCAUUUCCGAGGCGUCGUUGUGGAGCACGCGCCUAUACGCCACGCAAUUUCUCAGAUUGAUACUCCGUGCGCGAAUGACGGACGCGGUGCAUUGGGCGAUGGCGUUACUCGCGGAUAGACUGUCCGAUUCCUCCACUGCUGUGGCGUUGGCGGCACUCGAGGCGUUGCACGAGGCCUGCGAGGAGACCGAAUACCUGAAAGUGUUCCUGCAACAAGGCGGACAACAAUCGCGCGACUGGGACAAAUGGUUGGAGCAUCUGGGCGACAAGGGAUACUUGUUGAAGAUUCGACUUUACUCCCUGCAGCAGGGCUUUGCCAGUCUCGCAGCACCAUCGGAGGAACUGGAGAAGUGGAUCGGACCCGGCGGCUUUGCCGAGAGGUAUGUCGGUCUCAUCGAAGAGGAGAUACACGACGCGCUGACGCGUCGUCAGCGCGAUGAGACCGGGAGCUACCAGAGGAGGACCACCAACAUACCUAUGGUGCCACGUGACAUCUUCGUGCCGCCUCAUCUGAUCGGCCAACUAGCGCAGCACGAUCUGGGAAUACAGUUAUUGCUGCGCCGCAAUGUAAUACAACGUUUCGCCCGAGUGCUUCAACGGUUCAAGCUGGAAUUUGGCGGCCGCGACUCGGAAUCCAACUCGCGGUGUACCAGGGCGAGCCGUCUGACCGCGGCGGCUGUCACGGCGUCCUCUACCACCGCCGAGGAUGCAUACGUGGCGUCGGAAGAGUCGGGCACCGAGGGCGAAGCCGUAGAGCAAUACAGUCGCCUCGAGACAAUUCUCGAUGCCGAGAUCAUCGAGGGCGAGAUCCGCGGUGACGCGCCGUGCCAGCUGCGGGCCGAGUCGCUGAUGGAAAUCCGUCGCAAGACCAGCGUGGACGAUUCCAGACACACCACGCCGGAGCGCAGCUGGAGGAUGGAAACCGCUGAUUUGUCACGCGACGAUUACUCGAUGGGCCCGAACGGCGGCAUUCUCAAAGUCAAGUCGGCCCUGUGGGCGCUCGGCCACGCCGGCACGUCCGUCGCGGGUGUGGAGCACCUCAACCACUUGGGCAUCAUCGAGAUGAUCACGUCCAUGGCGGAGACAUGUCCAUAUUACUCGGUCCGCGCCACCGCGAUGUAUGCUCUCAAUCUGAUCGCCACCACCCGUGCCGGCGCUGACGCGUUGAUAAACUUCAAUUGGCCAUGCGUGAGACAUCGUCGUGGCGAUAACUGGCCCGUAGUACCACCCUCGGCCAGAUAUCCCGUACCGAGUCCAGUCCCCGUGCAACGGCAUCAUCGUAGUCUGAGCGACGGCAAGCCGGAACUACCCGAGCCGAUCGCGCGCCGAACCAGAAAUCGAUCCGAGAGUGCAGCUACGGAUCUCGAAGCGCGGCGAUACGUUCUUCCAGAAAGAGGUGAAACUCCAAGUCCCGUUUCGAGUAUACAAAGACUAAGCCAACAAGACGCUGAAGGAUACGCGCGACUACGUAGUUUGCAACGUCAUCGCAGGCCGAGUUACUCGCAAAGUAGUUUAGAAAUGUACAGUUUAGAUGGCCGUCUCUCCUUGCAAAGCUUGUCGGAGUACGAUUCGUCCCGCAGCUGGUUUGCGGAGAACGUGAUCCUCACUCCGACGCCACCCCCACCGGAGAAAGACAAUGAGAAUUUAUUCUAUAUAGGUAUUUGCCUGCCGAGGCGGUUACUCGCGAUCUUUCCUGAGCCACCUCAGCCAGCACAGCCAAGUAUUCUCGAAGAUAUCAUCAGGGCUGAGUUAGAAACGACGGAGAUUGACGAGGAGUCCAGCUCGGAGUACGAUGCGGAUACCGAGCACUGCCGCGCUUGUCUAGUUUGUUAUCACGGCAAGAGUAAAGAUUCCGGCACCGAGCAGGACAUGAAACUGCGAAGAGACAUACUUAGGUACACCCAACGGCUUGCAAAUCCGGUGUGGUAUCGUCACAGUCGUCAGGCGUUACUCAGACUACGGCAGCGGUAUCCUGAGAGGUUUCAGGAUACCUGUCUAUUUUCAGAUGUGGCUGCUCGCCUGAGCAGCUGCACGUACAGAAUGCCGGCACGGCGCUUUCUACAAGAGUUGUUUCUAGAUUCCCCGUUCGAAGCACUUUACACAGAACCGGUCCAUAUACUGAAAAUACCGAUCGGCACGGAGGAGAUCCCCUUGCAAUCACCUGUUCCUAGCUCCGAGGCGAGUUCUCGACAGCAGCCCGCCAGCCCCGCGGAGGGCAAGAUUAACGGAAGACUUACUCUGACUGAGAUACAAACGGCGCAGUUGGCAUCGGUCGCUGAAGAGAGCACCGCUAGCGGCAACUCGUGCAACACGGCGCACCAGUGUAAAAAGAAGCCUCAGGAGGCCCUGCGGUCGGCGCAGGAGCGGCGCAGCGACGAGAAGAUCAUAGCCGAGAUCUUGAAGCCGGAAGAGCGGAUACGUUUGUCAAAGAGUUCCGAUAGGUCGUUAAAAGUAUCAGUUCGUCUCGUUCCCGAUUCCUGACGAGAGCGCUGCAUUAUCGACGCUGUCCACGGAGUCACGAUGAGAUUUCUGGCGCCAGGCGGCGCGGCGGAUCCCCGAGAGUCCCCGCCACGGAUGUCACCGAUCAUUCGCGUCAUUGCGCGUCGUGUCCGUGGUUAUUUAUUGAGGCGGCUGUAACGAUA